GUCUGCAGUCAAUGAGUCGAAACGUUAGAUGGAUAACCGAUAUUGAUAAGUCAUGUCUCAUUACAAAUUUCGACAAAAGAGGAUGGCACCGAGGAACAGAAGAUGACUGGAACUUCUUUUGGGCAAAUGUAUACAACUUCCGAACAAUCAUGUCGCCUGAAUCUGGAUAUCGCCUGGCUGAGAACCAAAUCAUCAACCAUUUCCCAAACCACCAGGAGCUGACUAAAAAGGAUUUGAUGGUGAAGAAUAUCAAGCGGUACCGAAAAGAAUUGGAGAGAGACAAGGCAAAUAAUUCAGACAAAGCGCUGGCGCUUGAGACGAAGUAUCCUUACCUAGACUUCCUGCCCGUUACGUACACCCUUCCGGGCGACUACAAUCUAUUCGCGGAAGAGUUUCGCAAGAAUCCUUCCAGUGUUUGGAUUAUGAAACCCACCGACAAAGCAAGAGGCAUUGGAAUCUUUAUUAUAAACAGACUCCAGCAGAUUAAAAAGUGGUCCAGGGAUAACAAGAUGCAAUGGUCCUACGCAAAUUGUAAGGACACUUAUGUGGUCUCCCGGUACAUCGACAACCCCUUGUUGAUCGGAGGGAAGAAAUUCGAUCUGCGGAUGUACGUUCUAGUUACCUCAUGGCGUCCUUUGGUGGCAUAUAAAUAUACACAAGGGUUUACGAGGUUCUGUGCUGUCAAGUAUACGUCCGACGUGGAGGACCUUGACAACAACUUUAUGCAUCUCACUAACGUGUCGAUUCAAAAGUAUGGGGAAGACUAUAACGAAAUCAAUGGUGGAAAGUGGAGUCUCAAAAAUCUUCUACUGUACCUCCAAGCAACCCGUGGCCGAGCCAUCACAUCAAAACUGAAUGAUGAAAUUGAUUCAAUCAUCAUGCAUUCUCUACGAGCUGUUCAGAAUCUGAUAACAAACGAUAAACAUUGUUUCGAAUGCUAUGGUUACGAUAUCAUCAUUGAUGCGGAUCUUAGGCCUUGGUUGAUUGAAGUGAAUGCGUCACCAUCUUUGUCAGCCACUACGGCGAGUGAUAAAUUGAUGAAAGUAUGUCGGGAAAUUCAAUGCCUCAUCGAUGACAUCCUAAAUAUUGUUGUUCCCGAAGACUUUCCCGAUCUUAAAGGUCAACGAGGGGGAGUUGCUUUGAUGAAGGAUAAAAAGAGCUGGGGCGAGUUUGUUCUCUUGCCAGAUGUAUCGUCUGAUAGACCAAAGUCUGCAUUGAAAAGCAAUAAAGCCAAGAUGCGGUGAAGCAG